AUGUCUGUCUCCCAGACAGCCGGGCUGGCCAGAGUUCGCAGUCUCAGGCUUGGGUUCCGGUGCAGUCGAGCUCGCGGUGAAGCCGUGUCCAUACCGGAGAGGCCGCGACUGGGCAUCAUCCUCUACGAUUCUGUUCCCAGACGCAAGGAGCCUUGCAGUCCGGUCAGCACCGUCAUCGCAAUGCGCCGUUGCGUCACUGAUCUAUCAACAACUGUCCAGCGGCAGCGUCCGAACAGCCAAGCAUGCAUCAGAGUGCCCUGCCUGGGUGCCACCUGGUUAGACGCAUCUGGUUCUCCUCGCGACAUUCGCCACAACGGUCAAUCUGAGACAGGUCACAAAACAAAGCAAACACCAACGGCGCGGCUUUGGUGUUGUUGGCAUGCUUGGUGGCCAGCAGCUCCAGGGCUUGGACAGCCGUGCUGGUCGGCAACGGCGCUUCGCCGUCCUUCUCAUUGUAGCCAGGUGCAUGCGCGCACAGACGUGAAGAUCCCUUGUCAAUCCGUACGAAUCCGACUCUGCCUGUCUAAUCCAAUUCCGGCGUCG